AUGGCUAAAUCUACAUCCACUCCGAUAUCUGUCGUCGAGCCUCCACGGCGCUGGCCAUCGUUGUCAGAGAAUGGAGCGCGUCCUGCCCAUCAUUUGAACGGAACAGCAACGAAGUUCUAUCCUCCUUGGCCGUCCUUCCGCUACCAACAGACGAGCGACUGGUUCAAGGGCUUCUAUGCAGGCGCUACUCAGGGGCCACGCCCUGGACCAGAUAUCAAGACUAAGAUCCCAUCACAAACGCCUACCUGGGGAACGGACAAACCUACUGACGGGAAGCUGACCUGGCUUGGUCAUGCCUCGUAUCUGCUGGAGCUGCCCACGCCUCCCGGUGCUACACGUGGUCCACGAAUCAUAUUCGAUCCCGUAUUCUCCAAGCGGUGCUCGCCAAACCAAUGGAUUGGCCCAGCCCGCUAUACUGAUACUCCUUGCAAGAUCGAGGAUGUCCCGGUAGUCGAUGCGAUUGUCCUCUCACACGACCAUUAUGAUCACACUGAUAUACCGACCUUGAAGGCAUUGCUGGCGAACCCUGAGUGCGACGCGCACGUCUUCGUUGGACUGAAUUGCGGCGAACUACAUAGAAACGCACUCAAACUUCCCGCCGAGAGGGUACACGAGCUAGAAUGGUGGGAUGAACGCGUCAUGACGAUCCCGCUGGGCGGCACCAACUCACGUGUCCGCGUUACGGCUGUCCCUUCACAACAUGUUGGAGGACGUACUGGGUUUGAUCGUUGGGCAUCACUAUGGGCCGCCUGGGUCAUCGAAGAGCUGCCGGAGCCGGAAAAGGACACUGUCGGCAAGACUGUAUACUUCGCUGGCGACACAGGAUAUCGGACCGUACGCAACGGCGAGGAUGAGGACAAGGUCCCCGUCUGCCCCGCAUUCGCAGAGGUCGGGGAGCGCUUCGGCGGCGUCGAUGUUGCGCUUCUGCCUAUCGGCGCAUAUUCGCCGCGCUGGAUGUGGAGCAACUUACACGCGUCUCCCUCAGACGCAGUACGCAUGAUGCGGGACGUUCGGGCAAAGAAGGCAUUAGCGAUGCACUGGGGGACUUGGGUGCUGACGACUGAGCCUGUACUUGAGCCUCCGCAACUCCUGCGUAAAGAGUGCGAGCGUGCGGGAGUACGUGAUGACGAAUUCCUUGUUCCAGCUUUGGGCGAGACUGUACUCUUUUGA